UGAGAACAUCAGCGAGCGAGACGUAUGUUACGUCGCUAUCGUGACAACUGUGCGUUCGCAGUUCUAACAGUCGACAAAAAUAAAUACAGUACCCCUGAAUGUAAUUGUUUUGAUUUCAUUACAGCUAUUAGUGCGUCGAAAUGUUGAUUAUGAUAAUGAAGUAAUUAAACGGGGUGUUGAAGCUUGUUUGAAAUAGACUAAAUAAACAUCAGUGUUGUGUUUUCGUUCGGCGUUGGGGGAUAUCGGAGAGAAGGGAAUUCAACAGCUGUCUGGGCAUAGUAUGCUUCAUAUUGUAACUGCCUGAUGCUGUGAAGUUCCUCGCCGGUUAUGGGGCAGCAGUCGACUUCCACAACAACAGCUAACGAAAGAUAAUGCGGCAUUACUGGCCGAAACUAUCCUGACCUUUGCCAACUAAAAGAAGAACGUCGACGUUUGAAAGUGGAACGCCACAGAACAACAGAACUUUAGUGUCACCAAAGAGUUCCCAAAGGAAGCUAGUGUUGUGCUAAAAGUCGCGAAUGAUAACGUUAUCGUGUUCUUAACUAAAUCCAUUGCGUCUGUUUUCGUUAACCGAUAGCGGCGCUGAUAAAGUCUUGUCGAGUUUUCAUUUAACGUCACACCGUAGACGGUCGUGGAUCUACCGAGACGUGUUCAAGUGCUGGUGUACGACUGAUAUCGUUUCGCUCGCCAAUGUUUAAAAACAUAUCGACCGUUAGGCGAGUGUGUUAUACGGGUCGAGUAAGCAUAGCUGCGUGUGGUGGAACAUUGUUAUAGUUUGGUGAAAAUGCGUGGAUUGUGGUCUCACUUGGCUGCGCUGGGGUGGGUGGUGGCCCUGGUGGGUUGUCACACCCCUGGCAGCGAGCUGGAGUCUGUGCGGUACGGGCCCACGGACGAUCGGUUCAUCAGUGACACGUACACAGUGGCCAACAUCAACAUCACGUAUAAGGACGAACAUGGAGAGGAGUACACUGAGACAUCAGAGUAUCCUUCUUUACAGUCGGGUAAAUACGGCGAGGGUUUCAUCGGGUCUUCCCGCGGGAUCGCAGUUCACGUUCGCGCGAAAGGUGCGGGAGGAGAGAGGGAUCACACGGGGUGCACUUGGCCGUUACUAUCAGCCUCUGCGCCAAACGACCCUCUGCCCACCGAGCCUUGGGUCGCGGUCAUUAGAAGAGGCAGCUGCAAUUUUGAAAUCAAGGUGCAAAAUGCAUGGCGUGCAAACGCGACGGCUGUCCUCAUCUACAACGAUCGCGACACCACAUUAUUGGAGAAGAUGAAACUGUCUACUGAUAAUGGACGUAACAUAAGCGCGGUGUUCACAUACAAAUGGAAAGGCGAGGAGAUCGUGCGCCUGGUGGACAACGGCACCAGGGUCAUGAUUGGCAUCAUCAAGGGGAGGACCUUCGCUCACGUCAGCAACAACAUUAAUAAGACGUCUGUGCUGUUCGUGUCGAUAUCCUUCAUAGUGCUGAUGGUGAUCUCGCUGGCGUGGCUCGUCUUCUACUACAUACAACGCUUCCGAUACAUACACGCCAAAGACAGACUCUCUAAACGUCUAUGUUGUGCAGCGAAGAAGGCGUUGUCCAAAAUACCUGUUAAGAGUUUAAAGACUGAGGAUAGGGAAGUGCAAGGCGACGGCGAAUGUUGCGCCAUCUGUAUAGAACCUUACAAAGUGUCUGAAACACUCAGAUCUCUUCCUUGUAGGCACGACUUCCACAAGAACUGCAUAGAUCCGUGGUUGUUGGAGCACCGUACUUGUCCCAUGUGCAAGAUGGACAUACUCAAGUACUACGGAUUUGUGUUCACGGGCAGCCAGGAGAGCAUCCUGCAGCUGGAGGUGGAAGAGGCUCGCAGCCGCGCGCUGUCGCCGGCGCGGAACCGGCACCCGCUCACACUCGUAAAUUUGACGAGCGACAACUCGUACGAGGAGGCGGGCAGCGAGCGCAGCAGCCGCGCGUCGUCGCCCGACGAGCUCGUGCCGUCACUCGCCCGCGACGCGCCCAGGCACACACACAACAACAGAUCGUGCACAUCGUCUGCGUCGGGCUCCCCGCGCGCGGAGUCGUCGCGGGCGGAGACGAGCGGCGCCAGCUCAACUACCCGCGAGUGAACGUCAGUGAUACGCUCAGUGUAUGUGUUCAUAUCCCUAAAUACUCAACUGUUAGACAAUCCGAACCUCCAGUGACGUGGAUGACAAGUGAUAUUUUUCGUAAUUAAGGACCAUAGCGUAUAUGGAUAUUUGGACUUUUGGAUAUUCACCGCAACUCCGCCUAGUCAACGAAAUAAGUGUUCUUCCUAACGCUUGUGACCUAUCCACACUUUUGUAAAAUCAUUAAACAAACAUUUGUUUUUUAAAUCAAUCAAUCGUUGUACUUAAUAUUGUUUUUGAUUGGUUCGUGAUCUCAUAAGUUAAUUGUAUCCUAUGUUAACCGUGCAGAAACUUUCAUCAAGUGUGACUAAUGUAGUCGUUGUGGUGGCCCUUAGUUUUGUAAUUGUAACUCGCGUUUUGGGAUUAAGGGUAUCCGUCCAUAUGAUAAUAACUAACAAAUACAGUUGGUACUGCCUCGCCUGCUCUAUUGUGACACUGUAUCGAGCCAUAACAAGUAUACGUGUAGACAAGUGUUAGAAUACAGCAGUGUUAACUUUCUACUAAAACGUCUAUUGUAUGGGCUGCUUAUAAGUUUAUGAUUUAGAAGUAAGUUUUCCACAUUUGUCGGCCAUGUGAAUAAUAUUUUAAGCUAUAAAUGUUCAGUAACUUACAUGAAAGACUUAUAAUCAUAUUGAUGUGUAAAGGGGGCCAUAACGCAACCGAAUUUGCAAAAAACCUACUACACGCUAAAGCCGGCGACCUGUCAACACAUUGUGGCGAUUUGACAGCGUCAGCGACCGCUAUUAUCAUGAUAAUAUCAAGGGUCGCCGGAUUGUGUCAAUAUAUAGGUCGCCGGGUUUGGUGCAUAGAGAGCUUAAUGUCCAUUUGUACUAAACGCGUGGACUACUUGUCUAAAGUUCUUCGGAACGUUAUAAUAUACAUAUUUGGCGUGCCUACUUCCCACAGGUGCAAUGUUUGUGAAACUUUUGUUAACAUUAUAUAAACACUAAUUUCGUGACUCCGAAAGUAUGUAGUUAAUAAAAUCUAGUCUGAAUUAAAUCUAUUUCGCUUUUAAAUACAGUUAUUUAUGAUUAAAUAGUUUGAUAUAAUUAGAAAUACGAGGUUUUAAUUUGAAUUGGAGCUGUUUGUUUUAUAGAUUCUGAAAUUCUGGUGAACUUGAUGACCUAGGAAUUUCAGAAUUCAGAUAUUAUGCAAGUUCCAAACUUUUUUCAAGUUAAAAGUACCUUGUAUAAAUGAGAGAUAGGCUCGGUGAAUGGUAUCGUGACAAUUUCUCGUAAUCAAAAGUAUUGUGUUCACCCAAAAUUGUAUUUAAAAGCGACUUAAUUCGUUCAAACUGUCUUUAUCUUAAUUAAAGAAAAAAAUAUUUUACUUUAAGGUAUUUUAAGUAAGCAUUUAAGUUAUUAUGUACGAACAUUAUGUAUGUAGACAGAAGGUACUUAAAUCCAUUGGAUUUUUAUAUACAACAAGGAGACUGGUAUGUACUUUUUAAUAAUAACAGAUGAAAUUUGUGUAAAGAUGUUUACAUUCCCAUUCUUGUUCAAUUUCGAGUGUUCGACGCAAACAACGUGUCAACAUAAAUGUGUUGAAAUAAAAACCAAUACAGUAUUGA